UGUGUAGUACCUUUACUCGGCGGCAACUUCCGCAAAAUAUGCAACAACUAUCUGGUACCCAGUCGUUCAGUCUCAGUCAUUCUUCGUCGUACUGCUUGGUACCGUAACGUACCGUCAACAGGAUUUUUUGUGUCGUUAGUUCCACCUAGUAUAGAUGACGUGUUUGAGUUCUAAAUUGGGGCUUUAAAAGAUUUCUACAAGUUUUUUGGAUUAGCUUUAAGCAUGUCAACUUUAUUAAAAUGGGCUCAGAACACUCAGGGGAAACUCACCAAUAGUAGUAAGAGCACAAACGGUGAAAGGAAAUGGAUUCAUCCACCUGAAUCGUUGCAAAAAGGUCAUAUUGCUUAUUUGGUGAAGUUUUUAGGGAAUACCGUAGUUGAUGAAGCCAAAGGAAUAGAAGUAGUUAAAGAAGCUAUACGUAAACUAAGAUUCGCUCAGCAACUACGUAAAAGUGAAACUGGAGCGAAAACAAAAAAAGUUGAAUUAACCGUGAGUAUCGAUGGAGUGGCCAUACAAGAACCCAGGACUCAUACCAUUAUGCACCAAUUCCCGUUGCAUCAGAUAUCGUAUUGUGCCGACGAUAAAGGCGAGAAAAAGUUUUUUUCGUUUAUAGCGAAAAAUGAAACCGAAGACAAACACACUUGCUUCGUUUUCGUCUCGGACAAACUUGCUGAAGAAAUCACUUUAACCAUAGGCCAAGCUUUUGAGUUGGCUUACAAGCGCUUUUUAGAAACGUCGGGCAAAGAUUUGGAGCAUCAACAAAAAGCCAUAAUCAUUCAGCAAAAAAUUAAAAAGACAGAACAAGAAAUGAAUAUAUACAAGCAAAGAUUGUUAGAGUUAAGUGAAAUUUCCAGUAUUAGAUCUGAAAUCGAUAAUUACUUGAGGAGGAAUAAUCUUAAGAGUCUUGUGGAUUUGAAUGCAGGUGGGUCGCAUCAAAAAAACGGGCCUAGUGUGAAAAAUGAGAAGAAUGGACAAACAAUGGUGGAAAUUGCUGAUAUUAUUGAUUUGAAUGGAAUUGGUGCCCCACCAGUACCACCCCGUAACAUGGAUAAUAUUCCUACUGUCGGUACUAAACUAGAAGGACUGUUACUGAACGAAUUUGAUCAUGAUAACGAUUUCAAUCCAAGAUCAUUUGAAAAUAAUAAUAGUAUACCACAAACUCCCAAUUUGCCAUUACUUGCACCUCCACCAAAGCCAGCGAAAAGGAACAAUCUUUCAGUGAAUACAAAUUUUGAGCGAUUGGACGGUUCCCAAUUGUCUGCCUCCACAACGACCCCUAACAGUAUUUCAAGUUCCAAGAUUGAUCCCUUUGAGAUGGGCGAUUUCAAUACCAGUUCAACCACUUCGCAAGAUAUUGAAAAUGCCAUUGGAUUAUUGGACAAACGGAUAUUGGAAAUGAAGGCUGGAUUUUCAAGAGGAAUCAGUUUUGGAAACGACGAUUUUUCCUUGGAAAGCCUCGACCCACUCAAAAACUAAAAGGCAGCCAGCAAAAACCGUUAUUUGAAUUAAAAUUAAUAUAUGUUAUAAUAUAUUAUGCUUUAGAUGUUUUUCGAGCGCACCUUUUGUUAGUAAGAAUUUAAUGCCACAUAAAAUUGUUAUAUUUUUCUUUAAUUUAUUUUGUAUAAAUUUCUAAAACAAUUAUUAUUAUAUAAUUUAUGUUUCUAAAUCUGCAUUUUAUUUCAAGCAAAUAUUAACAAAACAUAGAAGUUACAUUUAUUGCCUUUUCCAUAAAAUACAUACUAAUUCAGUUAUCACGAACGGUGCAACAAUUUUUUCUUUAAAACAUUUAAAAUUUAAAAAAUACCAUAUAAAUAAAUAUUUUACACGUAACCUAAUUGUUGAACAUAUCGACCCUACAAUAAAAACAAAAUAAUAAUAACAACUACAGCCAACUAUUAAAGCUUCAUCAUUAAUAUGAAUACAUACUAUCUCAGUAAUUUAUUUUUUAACAACUUUAAUACCUUUUUUUAACGGAGAAUAAACUUUUAAUGUUAAACAUUUAUAAAUAGUAAUUGUUAUUGUCACCAGAGGGAAUCGAAUUGCAAAUUGCUAAAACCAGGUUUCUCGCGUAGCUCCCAGUAUUUUCCGUUAUACUCCCACACGUCAUUUCGAGGAUUCGAGAACCAUUUCGGUUCAUAGGGAAUGCUUAAUUCAUCGCGUCGUUUACGUCUAUCACGUUGUGCAUUUUCUAGCUGGAGUUUCAUUCCUUCGGCUGUAUUUAAAUCGCCUUCUUCGAGAGCUCUUUGAUCUGGCCUAAAC